AUGGAACCGUUUCAGAGUAUUGACAAAGUUCAAAGGUACAUGAGGGCUCUUCAGUUUGAUAAGGUAAUAACGAACGAGGAAGUUGGAGGAAAAAUCUGGGCCUUUUGGAUGAAUAAGUUGGAUGUUCAGGUAGUACGAAUGGGAACACAAUACCUGUCAUUACGUAUAGCGGAUGGAGAUUCUCAGUUUCUGGGUAAUUUUAUCUAUGCGAAAUGUAGUAGAAUUGAAAGGCAGAUCUUAUGGGAGGAGAUGAGUUCGAGUAACAUGGGUAUGGAUAAUUGUUUGUUUGCUGGAGAUUUUAAUAUAAAUCGUUUGGACUUGGAAAUAAGAGGUGGUAAGCCAAGGUCUAGAGCUGCCAUAGAGGAUUUUAAUAGAUGGAUUCACCAAGGUAGGUUGAUUGAAAUGAAAUCACAAGAAAGAAACUUCUCUUGGUGUAAUGGGCAGCAGGGCUUAGCUAGAGCUUGGGCUAAACUGGAUAGAGUGCUCCUUGAUCCUACUUUAAUAUCCGCUUUUCCUAAUGCGAUCUGUUAUUAUUUGCCAAGGACAACGUCGGAUCAUAGUCCCAUGUUCAUAGAGUUCCUUAAGGACCCUUAUUCUUAUGGCCCUUCUCCAUUUCGAUUUCAGCAAAUGUGGAUUGAGCAUCCAGAUUUUAUGAGUUUUGUACAGUAUGUGUGGUCUGAACCAAUAGUAGGUACGGGACAUGAGAAAUUAGCUAGUAAGCUUAAGAAGAUGAGAGUGGCUUUACGUGAGUGGAACAAGAGGGCGUUUGGGCAGACUAACACUCAGAUAGCUAUUCUUGAAGAGAAGGUUGAGGGUCUUGAAGGUAAUCUGCAAGGAGUAUGGGACGAAGAGGUUGAAAGGGAGCUUGUGGGGUCCUAUAAGGAGUUGUCUUCUUGGAGUCGUAGGGAAGACAUCCGUUUGGCUCAAAUGGAAAAAAUUAAAUGGAAGAUGGAAGGCGAUCGAAAUUCAAACUUCUUCCAUGUUUGGUUAACUAAUAAAAGGCGUAAAAGGAUUCUGAAGUUGAGAACUACGGACGGGAUUGAGUUUAAUUCACCGGAAGAAAUUCAUCUUGGGGCCGUUAAUUAUUUUUCUGGGUUCCUACAAAAUUCAAAUCAGACUAGCUAG